AUGCCAAGCCCCCCCCAAGACCUGCUAAAUGUCAUGGAUAGACUACGCCUCGCUGAACUGGAUGAGGAUGUCCUCUGCAUCACCAACUCCAGUAUCCUCAGAACCCAAGCUGCCGAGUUGCUCGCCCACGAAAGCACCUCCCACCUCGAGAGACUUCUCUUAACCAUCACCAUCGGCAUCGUCAACCAAAACGCGAUCCUCAUCCGUCAGUUGGAAGAGCUCACAGAUGAGCACGAGAAAACUGCCUCCCAACUUUCCACCAUCGGUAACAAAGUGGACAGGGCUCAUGACCGUAUCAGCGCCCUCUCUAGAGUUGCCCCACCUCCACCAACGCCACAAGGUCAACGCUGA